AUGACUGUUCAGUCUCUGCUUGACCAGAUUGAUAUUUUGGCCAUGGCAAAAAUGAACGUCUUGCAUUGGCAUUUUGUGGAAUCCCAGUCGUGGCCCAUUGAGAUGCUCAAGUAUCCCCAGAUGACGAACGAUGCCUACUCGCCAGAGGAGAUCUACACCCAAGAGGACAUCAAGAAAAUCUUGAAAUAUGGAAGAGAACGUGGAGUAAGAAUAAUUCCCGAACUGGAUAUGCCUGGUCAUUCGUCUUCUGGUUGGAGAUCUGUUGAUCCAGAGAUAAUCUCAUGUGGUGAUGCAUUCUGGUGCCAAUCAGACAAAUUCCAUACUUCUGUGGAGCCCAACCCAGGCCAGCUGGAUAUAAUCUACGAAAACACCCACGAAGUUCUGAAGGACGUGUACGGUGAACUGAGUGGUUUAUUCGACGAUAAUUUAUUCCACGUUGGGGCUGACGAGAUCGUAGCUGAUUGCUACAACUACUCCACUCACGUUCAGAGGUGGUUUGCCGAAGACAGUUCGAGGACAUUCCGCGAUCUCAUUCAGUACUGGGUUGAUAAGACGUAUCCUAUGUUUACUGGCUUAAAGAAGGACAGACGGCUAAUUAUGUGGGAAGACAUACUCACGAGUGAUAUCUCUGCCUUCAACCUAAGCGAAGAGGUCAUCAUGCAGGUAUGGACUAACGGACCAGUGCACAUCAAGGAUCUCACGUCAAGAGGUCACGACGUGAUCGUUUCUACGUCUGAUUAUCUAUAUCUCGAUUGUGGUGAGGCAUCGUGGCUGCCCAACGAUCCCAACUUCAUUGACGGAUUCGUCGGCACUCCUGAUACUUACAAUUACAACCCCGGUUACGGAAGCAGUUGGUGUGGACCCUACAAGACCUACCAGAGAAUAUACAACUACGACAUUGCUGCCAAUCUAACUGAUGAGGAAGCUGCCCAUAUCAUUGGAGGAGAGGUGGCUAUCUGGGCUGAGCAGACUGAUUCUCUCACUCUCACCUCAAUGGUCUGGCCUAGAAGUGCUGCCUAUGCAGAGAAUCUCUGGAGCGGAAACAGAGAUGAAAGCGGAAAGCGCCGCAAUUUCGUGUUCACUCAGAGAAUUCUCAACUUCAGAGAAUACCUGGUUGCCUUGGGAUUUUCUGCUAAAGCCUUGGUGCCAAAGUACUGUCUGCAGCACCCUCAUGCUUGUGACCGCCAAUGGGACAUUGCUGCUGCUAAUUAG